CAUCUGUAUGUUAUCUUUUAUCAGUUUAGCAUAUCGUCGAAUAUUUCAAUGAAGGAAUUUAAACGCAUUAAUUGUAAAAUAUGUUGUUAUGAUCAAAUAUGGUGUAGAGAUUAAAGCUAAGUUUAGUUUUUUAUAACCAGGAAGUAAUUAUAUUUACGAAAAAUGCGAAGUGGGACACAAAGUUAAUAAUAUCAGCACAAUAUGGCGGCCAGUAAAGAUCUCACUAAAUCUUCAUCUGAGGGAUCCGAGGAGAUGUCCGAUAAAUGUUGUUCCUCUUGCAAUGAACAUGGAAAAACAACAGAGGCGAAGAAAUUUUGUGUCGAUUGUGGACUUUAUUUGUGUGAAAAUUGUUUGAGAGUUCAUAAAAUAAUCCCGUCACUACAGUCUCACCAGAUUGUCAAUUCGCAAGGAGAACAAACACAAGGCAAAGGUGAGAAGCUGGAGUUGCCAACAGAGAGAUGUUCCACACACCACGGAAAGUUGAUGGAUAUGUUCUGUGGUGAUCACGAUGAAGUAUGUUGUGGAGCUUGUAUUGCUAUUAAACACAGAGCAUGCAUCAAAGUUGAUUACGUACCCAAUGUUGCCAAAGGUAUAAGAAUGAGCAACGAGUAUAAAGAUGUCAAAGGUUCUAUCACUGAGGUACUGAAUAACAUGAAACAGGAGAAAACUAGAAGGACGACCAACCUUACAAGUCUUGAAGAAGAGAAAAUCAAGGUACUGCAAGAGGUAGACCAAUAUCAAGAGGAGAUAGUUCUGAAAAUAAAGGAGCUAGCUGAAUCAUCAAGACAGGAUAUCCGAUCAAAAUAUGAGAAAAUAAAAAAAGUCAUCACAGAUGACGUGGAUACUUUAGAUACGUUGAUUUCAACUACAGAUACAAACUUGCAGAAGCUUUCAAUCACGAAUGAAGUCCAACUGUUUGUAAAUGUCAAAGCCAGUAAAAUGGCAGUUAAAGAUGGUGAUUCUGUUUUGAGGGAGAUGUCUUCAAGCUGGACAAAUAAACAUUUGAAAUAUUCUCGUGAUGAAAACCUCAAAGAUAGGAUUUCUAGUAUGGUAUCUUUCGGAAAUCUUGAAGACGAGGAAGAUGUUAAAGAAUACAAAGCAACGUUGUAUGGAAAAUUUAAUGUCAAGCAGAAUACUGACACUUCGUCAUUUGUCAUUGCCGCGAUAUGCCCUUUACAAGAUGGUUCCAUUCUGCUCGCAGAUCAUUACAAUAAAAAGUUAAAGCGAUUAGAUAGUAGCUAUAUGAUUAAAGAGUCUAUACCGCUUGACGGUCAACCCAUUGGAAUUUGCAGUGUCGGGAAAAAGGAAGUUGCCGUUUGCCUGUUUAGUGUUGGUAAGAUACAGUUUGUGUCAGUUGAAAAUAACUUGAAAUUGACGUCCACCAUUUCCGUAGAUACAGGAUGCUAUGGGAUUUCCUACAGGGAGACUAUUGAUGAAAUGUAUGCAUGCUGUGGAACAUCUAUUAAUGUGUACAACAGGGCAGGUACUUUGUUAAGGGCGUAUGAUAAGGGUAUCAAUGGGGAACAACUCUUUUCUGGCACACGACAAGUAACUGUCAAUGCUGCGAAUAGUCAGAUCAUCGUUGCAGAUAGUAACAAAGGGCUGGUAGCUUUGGACAUUCGGGGCAAGAAUGAAUGGCUGUUAAGUGACCAAGAACUGAUUGGUGCUUGGGGACUUUGCAUAUUGCCAAAUGGUUUUAUAUUAGCCGGCGUAAUCUCAUCAAAUAAUGUUCUGCAGGUAGAUAAGACAGGGAGGAAAAUGGGAGUGUUGUUAGGAGCCAUAGAGGGAUUUAACCAGCCAUAUUCACUUGCUUUUGGUAAACAUGAUUCAAGGCUGAUUGUAGGAAGUUGUUCUCAAGAAAUAUUUGUUUAUACACUUUCUAGAAAAUAGUCAAAGAAAUAGAAAAUGUAGUAUCAUAUUUGUAAACAGGCAGAGAAUUGUAUAAAAUUGUGUUUUAUAAUCGUUCUAGAGGAACUUUAGAGCCUGACUUAACUUUACGCACGCACGCACGCACGAACGCACGAACGCGCACACACAAAGUAUUAAAUGGACAAGAACAUGAAAUGCUGCAUAAUUCACUGUCUCAACGUGCGUGACAAAGACCGAAGGUAUGCAGCAAACCGAUGUUGUUUAGUUUGAGAACAUUUUAUCAGUGUUUGUGUGUUUGAUUUGGAAAUUUUCGUGGAUGUUUAUGUUAGACAUUAUCUUAUUUGGAAUUAUCGUGUACUAUGCUUUACAUUAAUUAAAAUUGUCUGUCUUUUAUUUAGAUUGGCUUCACUUCUGAAAUGUUCACUUGUUUGCGAUACCAUUACUUUUGUUCAAAUCUACAAUCAAGAUCUAAUUUGUAUUAAGUUAAAAAAAAAUAUAUUUUUGUUUUUACAACAGGUGCCUUUACGUAAAGUGCUUAUUUUUGGUUUAGAGUCACACCGACAUAGUUUAAUUCAUAUGGUUACUUGGUGGAGGAAGACGUCAGUUGCCCCUCUAGGCAUCUUAUUUUACAGGAAAUUUCAGAGCACAACAUUACAACAACUGUUUUUGUGAAUGCAAUAAUAUUCAUUAUUUUACCGACUGGCAUUCUUAUUUUACCGCAUUUCUAUAGAACUCUAUACUCUAAAAAGAAAGCAACUUCAAUGUAAAGUGUCCGCUGUCUCAGACAUUUUAACAUAACAGAGAAAAGUUUUGCAGCAAUUAUUCGACAGAAAACAAUUUUAUAUGGUAGGGCAUAAACCAGUAAAGAGUAUGUGGUCGUUUUUGUUUUCCAAUGUACCUCUCACUAAUACAUAUGACUUUAUUUUAUAUUUCUACGGAAACAAGUUGCAAUAAACAGUUAAUAAUAUAUUAUGAUUUUGAAAAGAUUUUACUUAAUAAUGCUAUUCAAAUGCUGUUUGUGAUGCGCAUGUGUUCAAAUGAACGUAACACAAAGGCAUAGUAAAAUAUAUUUUUGAAAGGAGAGUGGAGACGAGCUUUCAUGUCCGUCCGUACUUACCCGGAUUGCCUUUCCACUAUUAUUAUAGUAUUACUAAUCACGCUGUAAUGACUUUCGCAAACACAAACUGUAACGAGUAUUUUCCAGAAGUACUGACCUUGCGCCAAUAUUUUCGUUUUCGGGUUUGUUCGUUUUUAAGCGAUAUUUGUAUCCUGAAAAUAUCUACAUUAACCUUUAGCCUGCUGCCGGCAAUUGAUUCUGCCUUUGCGACCAGUGCAGAUGAUCAUGACCUGCACUGUUUGCUAUUCAGUCAGUAUAUUUUCAGUGAACACCCCUUUGAAUAAUAAAUGGUAUUGCCCAAUUUGAAUGAUUGACCAGUUCAUUUUAGAAAUUUAGCAGGGUAAGGGUUAAUCAAAGUAAUCGAUACAUUUAGUCAAUGGCACGGUAGGGUAGUGGUAAGUUCUUCAACUUCUACACACGUUGCCAUGGGUUCGAAUUCAGGUCACACUAUUUUAUUCUAAAUUAAAUGUUAUGUUUUUGUAUCGAUAUUACUUUGAAUUCUAUAAUAUUCUAUGAAAUAUAUAAUUUUUUCUCGGGUACUGACGCCAGUUUUUUAAUUGUAUGUUUAAAGAUCAACAUGUGUCUGGUCAUGAAUAUUUUAGUCGACUUUUUUGUAGAACGGUUUACUGACAUGUACGCAGAAGUUGAAUUGUUGAGUAUAUUUUUUAAAAGAAUGAUAAUAUACAUGAUAAGUGUGAAAAUUGUCCCGUCUGUUAAAUUCACAGAUGAAAUAAAAAAAAAUAUUUGGACAGAUAUGGGACUCGAACCCACACCCCGAGUUUAGUACUACAGCUAUGCCUACACAUGAUGGUGUUAAUAAGAAAUGCUUAUUACUGGUAUUUCAAAAGUUAUAUCGUUAUUUAGGUUCGGACACCGAAAAUUAAUUUACGAAAUCAUACGUAUUCAUAAGUCCAGAUAAUACUGUUAGUGCUGCAAUGUAUUAUUAGCAGUUAUAUGAAUAAACAAUCAGUAGCAAUAACAACAUCACAUGCGAAGUUAGAUCAAUAAUUGGCUUGUUGGCGUAGGGGAUGAGUGGAAGGAACAAUGAUCAUUUUGCAGGGAUACGUUUGGCGGUUCGAAUCUUGCAUCCAUUACGUAUUGCUUUACAUACUUCGUGUAAGUUAGUUUUUCUCUGGUUUCUUGUUCAUUGUUUUGUUUUUAUUUUGUAUAAAAUCGACAGUAUCUUUAAACCAUUACUGAUAUUAUAACCGGGUAAUUCUAUUUAAAAUGGAGUAUAAGAUUGAAUUAGAGUUUAUAGAACUAACCUGAUGUGCUUUAAAAUGUCACACGCGAGUCUCAUAUUUAAAGGCAAUGCGUAGAUCUCUCUAUUUAAAACACAAUUACCAGCACUUAUUUUCUGUUAAUAUUUCAUAUAAAUAUUGGGACUAAGUUAACUAACUUGAGUUUCUUCAUGGUACCUUAAUAAAAAAUAAGAAAUUAAAUACAGGUUUAUAAAAUGAUAUUGUAUGGAUCUUGGAAUCAAGCUCACGACGAAAGAAAGUCAGAAUCGGAGCGCGUUACCGCUGUGCCAACAAGGAAUUAGUGUAAGCAUCGGAAACGUUGUAUAUGGACUUACUCUUAAUUAUUCUUUUGUUUGUUUACAUUUCAAAACGCUUUAAUACUGUACGUUACCUUUACUGUAUUCAUAUUGAAAUGUGUUUGAAUAAAAUAUUAAGUUUA